GCCGUUUCUUAUUAGAAAUCUAUUUUUAGUUUGGGUCGACGUCUUCCUGAAAUUGACCAAUGAGAUGUCAGUAUUGAGCCUUAAUGAUACCUCUUUGCACGCACAUUUGCAGACAAACGUCUGUCCGCCGUCCUUGCAUCAACAGCAAGGAAAAAAGACUGCAGCUAUAUCAAGAUGACUACAAACGAACCAAGCAAGAAAGAGAAGGUAUUGAGAUGGACGCAUGGCAUCGGGAAAUURCUUUUUAUCAUACUGAUAUUAGUACAGGCCAUUGCACUUGCUAGAUAUCCAAGCAUCUAUUGGAAAAACGAAUGGGGUAACAUAAUGCUGAUUGUGAUGCUACCGAGUUUGAUAGUAUGGUGGUACCAACAAAAGAAGAAGACAGAUGAGCAACAGAUAGAUCAGCUGUGGAAGGUAUGGCUGGCCUAUAUUAUUCCUCUUAUGGUAAUGAUAAGUGUAAUAUUUGGAGGCUUGAGGUCAAAACUUGACAAGACCUUUUUUUUUGGACCAGACAUUCUGAGGAUGACUAUGUGUAUCACUCCUGGAAUUGCUUUACUUCUCUUUAUAACUACUGCAAAAGCAAGAAAACACUACAGUGAGUUUAUAGCAGAACUGUGUGGGAAUGUCGCCGUAGACUUGUUUGAUUACGUGGAAGUUCUAACGGCUCUUCUCCCCCAAAGUGGGUCAGUUUAUCUUCGUGAUUCCGUCGCUGGCACCACAAUAGCAUUAGUUCUUGCCAGUCUUUUACUCUCUGUCAUGGAAAUAAGCGAGAACAAGCUUCAAGGAGGUAAAAUCGAAAAAAGUGAAAAACUGUAUCUCUGGCGAUUGAUUCUGAAAAUACCAGUCAACCUCACGCUUCUUAUCAUUCGACGGGUUGUGUGGUUAAAACACAAACACGAUGCUUCUAUCUUCGUUGCGAAGAAUAUGAUCAUUAUUUUGAUCAUGAUUUACAAUAUUGUGCUGUACGUUUUGGACAAAAACGAAGACAGAAAAAGAAAGAUCCAAGAGAAACACUAGAAUACAGUUUCACAGAACGGGAAGCCUUGGUAACUGAAAAGUGAAGGAAAAAUGAAGGCAGUGUUCCCUAGUCUGGGGAAGGUCAAGAGGUCGCUGAUAGAAGCACAGGGAGCCCAAUUUAGAUUAAAGUGAAUGGUGAAAAUAAAAUCGGAAAAAUUAAAUAAUUAAUUAUUUUGUUAAAUUCGAGAUCAAGAUAAUGUCCUCCGUAAUGCGGAAGAGUAAAAAAAUAAAUAUAAAGUACACUAGAACAUUUUUUUCGCUCGAGCCUUUGUUUUUCUAUAUAAUAUCCCUAUAUGAUUAAUUUUCCUUUUAGUAGGCCCUACAUAUUUUCAAUCGUGUCUAGAAAUCAAAGGACGUGUGGAAAUGCAACGUUUUCUGUUGUUUACAAUAGAGGCCUAAGUGGUCACGUCUUAUAAUCCAAAAAAAGUUCGCAUCUGUUUCUUCUAAAAGCCUGUGUAUUGUUAUAUUUUACAUCUAAGUCUCUCGAUUGCAAGCGCAUCUAGUUCUUUGUAACGUCCAUUUACUUUUUUGAAGCUCCAACAAGCUAAAGUACCAAUGGACUAAUAAGAUGCGCUUCUCUCCAGAGUAUAUCUGACACCGCUAUUCCGUUCUUAGCCUGAAUCAUGUCAUUUACUAAUUGCAUUCUAUUUUAUAAACAUGAAUUCAAUAUCAUAGUAGAGUAUAAAAAUUUAUUAUAUAGAUAUCGAUGAAAUACCA